AAAAAAUAGAAGAUAUUAAGAAAAAUAUUAGGGAUGCAAUUCUGGUAUGUUUUCAUAUUGACAUUUAUAUGAUAUGAUUAUGUAUUAGCGAAUGUGUGUCCAUAUAUGCAGACAAUAACGGGUGCGAUGAGCACUUUGGUGCCUGCGGUCCAGUUGGAGAAUUCAGACAACCAGUGGAGAGUCGACUACAUCCAAGACGUCGCCAGUAAUCCUGACUUUGAUUAUCCCACUGAAUUCUAUGAACACACAGAAGCUCUUUGGAAGGAUAGGGGAGUUUUGGGGGCGUUUGAACGAUCCAAUGAAUACCAAUUAAUAGAUUGUGCAAAAUAUUUCUUAGAUCGGGUCCAUAUCGUCAAAAUGGCUGACUAUACGCCUUCAGAACAGGAUAUCUUGAGAUGCCGUGUCUUAACCUCAGGAAUAUUUGAAACCAAAUUCCAAGUGGAAAAAGUCAACUUCCAUAUGUUCGAUGUCGGCGGACAGAGGGAUGAGAGACGCAAAUGGAUCCAAUGUUUCAAUGACGUGACUGCCAUUAUCUUCGUCACCGCCUGCAGCAGCUAUAAUAUGGUGCUCAGGGAAGACCCCAAUCAGAACCGGUUAAGGGAAUCACUCGAUCUCUUCAAGAGUAUAUGGAAUAAUAGGUGGUUAAGGACGAUAUCUGUAAUAUUAUUUCUCAAUAAACAAGACUUAUUAGCCGAAAAAGUAAAGGCAGGAAAGUCUAAAAUAGAAGAUUAUUUUUCUGAAUUCGCUCACUACCAGACGCCCCCAGACGCAGUGUUUGAUCCGGGAGAGGAUCCAGACUUCGUUAGAGCCAAGUAUUUCAUUAGAGAUGAGUUCCUGCGCAUCAGUACAGCCAGUGGUGAUGGGAAGCACUACUGUUAUCCCCACUUCACGUGUGCGGUCGACACGGAGAACAUCAGACGCGUGUUCAACGACUGUCGAGAUAUAAUACAAAGAAUGCAUUUACGACAAUACGAGUUAUUGUGAUUUCGGUGCAAACCUUUAUUACUCUAAUACAUUAGGUUUUAAUAAGUGUUCAAUCAAUUGAUUUUCGCCCAAACAUUACGGAAACAAAAAACUUUUUAAUUAACAAAAAAACACAAAAACAAUACCUUUUAAAAGCAAAAGUCUAGAAAACAUAAGUCAAAAGGGUUUUUGAAGUUGUCUUCAGUUUUGAUGAUUUUGUUGAUUAUUGAAUGCCAUCCGAAGGCCAGCAGUAAAACCAAUACAACAGCAGAAAACAAAUCGAAACGAUUCCACGAUUUAAUAGUUCGCCGAAAAACAAAAACGACAACAUAUUUAGGAAAUUAUGAUUUUCUUUCGUUGAGAAUAUAUAUUGAAACAAAUGUUGAGUCACUCGUCAGUCUUGAGCACUCAUUGUGUGAAUUCAUCGAAAUCGCAGGUCAUCUGGAAGUGAUGUGAAGUGAUAGGGAGGUCACAGUCAUAGCGUCACUCAUCUCUCUGCCAUUGUCUACAUUAUUUUGUGAGCCAUUGUUUUAGUCAUCUCUGCCAUCUCUGCCAACCACUCUCUGCCUAUAAUCAAGAAUUUUUGGUCCAUUAAUCAAAUGCAACCCAUUUUCAAAUGUUUUACAAACAAAACAAAACACAAAACAAAAAUUCUUGUAAGUCGUGCUCAUAAUUGAUAUAAUUAUGAUUUUUUGCGCUCUUCUAUGAGACGAAAAAACAAAUCAAUGGUUUAUUUUGAAGUCAAGUCUGAAGAAGAAUACAAAACAAAAAAUGAAUGCAUUUUUCUGUCGAAUUUCAUGCAAACGCACAUCAAAUGGA